AUGUACAGAUUUCCAAAUACGGACGGGUAUUUCAUUCAACAUCCUCAGUGGAUUCAUGCGGGGCCUUAUCAGUUCGAGGAAGUCGGAUCAGUGGUAUCCGUGGAAGAACCGAAUGGUGGACAGCAACAAGUGGUUCCUACAAGUCGAAUAGCAGAUGUUGGCGACAACCAGCCUCAGACGGGACAAGUGAUCCAAGUUACUUCAGUCAACCAAGCCAUUGUCCCCCGUCCGCAGCAUGAAGAUCCCAUCGAGCUGACCCCUGUGCAGCCGCAGAGUACUCGGCCUGUCACUUCUUCCCAAAGCACAAGAAGUGCGCCCAUUCAAAAUCACUGCGCAAUAUGUGGAGAUCGAGCGACUGGAAAACACUACGGUGCCCAUUCUUGUGACGGAUGCAAAGGAUUCUUUAGGAGAUCGAUAAGGAAGAACCAUUCGUACCAGUGCAGAAGAGAGCGUGACUGUACUAUUGAGAGAGCGAACAGAAACUCCUGCCGUCACUGUCGGCUAAUAAAAUGUUUCCGCGCUGGAAUGCGACGAGAAGCAGUGCAGAACGAACGGGAUCCGAUCAGACCAGCACCUCAGCGAACAGAGCCUCAUUCAAAAGAGAACUUGUCCGUGAAAGUUCUAGAGAAUGCCUUCAGGCAUAUCAAAACGAUGUUUCCUGAAGAUCCACUUGAUAUGGACCGAAUCUCAGAAGCAACUAGAAAGGAUGUUGCUCAGUGUAUUAAUCGACAGUUGCGUGUUCUCGUGGAAUGGGCAAAAGCGAUUCCCGCAUUUACUACAUUUACAGUUGAUGAUCAGAUUGAUCAAACAGAAUGUGGAAUACUGCGAGCAAUAAUGUUCUUUGACCCAACUGCGCCAAAAGUAUCAUAUGAAGGAGCUAAACGAGUUCGACAAUUUAGAAAACAGCUUAUUUGCAACCUGGAAGAUUACGUGUUGGAAAUAUUUGCGAAUGGAGCAUCAAGAGGAAGAGCUGGGGAAAUUUUGUGCUUGAUUCCGCCGAUUAAAUCUAUUUCAAAUGAGCUUGUUGAAGCUGUCCAGUUUACGAAAAUGUUUGGCUUGCAAGAAGUAGACGCGCUUAUUCAAGAGAUGCUUCUUUCCCGCGACGAUACGGACCCGAUUUUCAGGUUGAACUCGCCAACGAGCGCAGCGCCGCCGAGGCAGGAAAUGAUUGACUUGCCGUCAACUGCACCGCAACAACACCAACCGGACGCACAAGGCUUCUUUGUGGCUCCACAAUCACAGCAAGUUUCGAUGCAACACGGACUCGAGCCACCCCCGGCGAAAAUGACAAAGGUUGAAAUUAUCGAAUGA